AUGAAAACAAUCGUCUUGCUCGUUUCGCCAGCCAACAAUACAAGUCUAUCGCAGACACAUCGGAUCCCGGACUUGACCAAAUUCCGCGAUGCUAGAGGCAAGUUAAUCACCUAUCACGGCUUGUGUGACGAAAUCAUCACCUAUAAAUCCACUGAGCAAUAUCACAAAUCCGUCGCCGGAAUCUCGCCAGACAUACACGAUUUCUACCGCUACUUCGAAGUUCCAGGCAAAAAGCACUGCUACGGCGCUGCUGGUGGCGACCCAACAGCAAUCUUCCGCCAGCUACAAAGUUGGGUGGAAAAUGGUACGGUGCCUGGGUCGUCGCCGAUUGACAUUCCUGUCUCAGGAGAGACGCACAACGCUGGAAGAGUGUUGGAGUUGCCGAGGAAAUUCGCCUUUGAAAGCGCUCGUUGGGGCGGAGUGCACUUCGACCAACUGUUCAACCAGGCUACACCUGAUUUCAACUGGCAAUCGGGUUAG